AAUUCGAAUCAAGAACAUGAAAGCCACAUUAGUUCUGUGCUGUUCGCUGUUGGCAAUCCUGUCCGGCGCUACUUUGAUCCACGGACGAUUCUGGAACGGCAAUAAUAAUCUGGGCAACGGCAACGGCAAUUCGCCAAGGAUCUGUGUGCUCGAAAAUUGCAAUUUGUUUGCCACUAACGAGGUCUGCGCCCGCUAUGGACGCUCGAAUCUCUGCAAACGAUUCUCGAACAGCUGCCAGGUGCGCUACGACACCUGCGUCACUUCCGUGACCUACACAUCGGUCCCCAUAUCCUUGUGCGCGAACAUUCCGGUGGGCACACGCCGACAGUGUUCCAGCAGCUCCAAUGCGCAGGCCAUCGUCAUAGGCAGACGUGGUUAA